GGGGGCGGGGCUACACGCCCCUCCCACUUUGCGUCGCUGCGUGAGUCCCGCCCCCGCGAGCUCCGGAGCGGCCCGCGAGCUCACACCCGGCUUCUCUCCGGCUUCAGCCAGCGCGCCGCCAUCGCCGCGAUGCUAGGCGCUGCUCUCCGCCGCUGCGCUCUGGCCGCAGCCUCCCGGGCCGGCUCCCGAGGCCUUCGGCACUCGACCCCGGCCCCGAGCCCUGUCGCCGCUAUCCAGUUAACUCGCUGCUAUUCCCAUGGGUCACAUGAGACAGAUGAGGAGUUUGAUGCUCGUUGGGUGACAUACUUCAACAAGCCAGACAUAGAUGCUUGGGAAUUACGUAAAGGGAUGAACACUCUUGUUGGCUAUGAUCUGGUUCCAGAACCCAAAAUCAUUGAUGCUGCUUUGCGGGCUUGCAGACGGUUAAAUGAUUUUGCUAGUGCUGUUCGCAUCCUAGAAGUUGUUAAGGACAAAGCAGGACCUCAUAAGGAAAUCUACCCAUAUGUCAUCCAGGAACUUAGACCAACUUUAAACGAACUGGGAAUCUCCACUCCAGAGGAACUGGGCCUUGACAAAGUGUAAACCCCCAUAGAUGGGCUUCCUACAGACUUACUGAUAUUGUUACUUGAUUGUACACCAUCACCUGGAAAUGCUGAUAUAACAAAUUACCUUAUUCGAACAAAUUUUCCUUUAUUGAGUAUCAAACCAUGUAAUGGUAACUUGGACUUUAAUAAAAGGGAAAUGAGUUUGAACUGAAA